GUUUGCUGUUUUAGAGAAUGACACGAUUCUGCCGCACACACCACAGGGGCCGGGAGAAAUGUUCAGGGGGCGGGGUAUGGUUCCUGCGCGGCCCGGACCUAGUUCGUGCACGUCUCGAAGAGCAGCGCCGUCGCGACGUACGGGUCGACGUUCGACGACGGGCGGCGGUCCUCGAGGUAGCCGCAGCCCUCGGCGGCCGUGUCGCGCGGCACGCGGAUCGAGCAGCCGCGGUCGGCGACGCCCCAGGAGAAGGUGUUGAUGUCGGCCGUCUCGCAGUCGCCCGUGAGGCGGCGCUCGUUGCCCUCGCCGUAGGCCGCGAUAUGCUCCUGGUGCUUCUUGCCGAGCUUCUCGCACAUCUCCUCGAUGGUCUUGAGGCCGCCGGCCUUGCGCGUGGACUCGGUCGAGAAGUUCAUGUGGCAGCCCGCGCCGUUCCAGUCGCCGCUGAUGGGCUUGGGGUCGAUGGACACGAUCACACCCAAGUCCUCGCAGAUGCGGUCCAAAAUGUAGCGCGAGAUCGUGAGCUGGUCGGCGGCGUCGAUGCCGACGGAGGGGCCGAUCUGGUACUCCCACUGGCCGGGCAUGACCUCGGCGUUCGUGCCCGAGACCUCGAGGCCCGCGUAGAGGCAGGCGGCGUAGUGCGCGUCGGAGACGGCGCGGCCGAAGGACUUGUCCGCGCCGGCGCCGCAGUAGUAGGGGCCCUGGGGCUUCGGGAAGCCGCCGACGGGCCAGCCGAGCGGCGUGACGCCGUCGAGGUUGAAGAGCGUGUACUCCUGCUCGAGGCCGUACCACGGCUUCUCGGCGGCGGCGUUGCCGGCCUCGAACUUGGCCACGGCCGGCGCGCGCGAGUUCGUCGGGAGCGGGUUGCCCUCCGGGUCGUAAGUGUCGCAGAGCACGAGGAUGUUGUCGCCGCCGCGGAAGGGGUCCUUGUAGACGGCGCGCGGCACGAUGAUGACCUCGGAGUCGUCGCCGGGCGCCUGGCCCGUCGACGAGCCGUCGUAGGUCCACUUCGGGAGGCGGUCGACGCCCUGCUUCACGCGCGCCGCAUCCAACGUGCGGCACUUCGAGCGCGCCGUGCAGUCGGCGUCGAUGAAGACGUACUCGGCCUGGAUCUUGUCGCGCGGCAGGGCCGCGUACUUGUCGAGGACGGCCUGGUCCAUGGCGUACUUGCCCGUCUGCUGGCUGAGGGGCUCGGCGCCCAUGCGGACGGUGGCGCGGGUCGCGCGGGCCGCGGGGCGGAGCGCCGCGGCGCCGCCGGCGAGGGCGAGGGCGACGGCGAGCUUCAUCUUGUUAUGCCUGCGCGCGGCGCGGGCUGAGAUCGCAUCGCUCUGCCGCUGCAUGCACGCGCGCCGCGCCCUGGUGCUGCCGCUGCCUCUCGAGGUCUUAAGAUGCAACUUUUGUUGCCGCGCGUCGCAGCGCUUGCGUUUUUGCAGUCGUGGAGCGUUGUUGAUAUGACUCUCGACGUGCCGAGUCGAUUCUUACGCUGGCGCAGUGCAGUGAAACACCUAUUGCAAAUUAGACUUGUGUCUCUCCG